AUGCAGCACAUGGCUGGCGCUGGCCAUAUGAUGUCUCAGCAACAACAGCAGAUGCACAUGCAGCAAGCUCGCGCCAAUGCCAACCAAUACGGGCAAACCAUCCUCGCACGCCUUACGAACUCUCGCGUCCCUCCUCAGGACUGGCACGCUACUGUUCCGAUGAAUGACCGUGUUGGCAGGACACUAGAACUGUUAGUCGCCUACAUGGCUGCUCAUCAACUCACACCCUCGCAGCCUACGCUCUCCAACAACUCUUUCCAACAAACUAACUCUCUCACUAGUUUCUCCAACGUCACUCUCGGUUCCAACCUCGAGCCAACACGCGCUUUAGACAUGUCGAUCAAUUUCGAACUGAGUGCAUUCGAGAAGUGCACAUCCAAGGAACUUUACUUCAGCUAUCUCAAAAACAAGAUUGCCGAAUUCUUCAAGAGGCGGCAAGCCAACGGUGGCAACCUGCAAAACGGCCUAAACGCUAGUGCCCAGGCACAGGCCUCACUUGGUAUGCAGCAGCAGAUGGGUCGCGGCUUUGGCCCUCAGCAGGGCUUCGGCGGCAUGAACCAACCCAUGCAGGGGCAGCAGAUGCCCAACCAGCAGCAGAUGCUUCAGAUCCAACAGCAACAGCAACAACGACAACAACAGAUGGCUGCCAGCAUGGCCAUGGCCAACCAAGCAGGCCGCGGCACCGCUGGUCCAAAUCCUCAACUUGCCAUGGGCCCUGGUGCCCCUGCUCAACGUUCCCAGGGCAUUGCCAACGAGAUCAACCGCCUCCUGCCAGCUGAUCGCGAAAGGGUCAACGAGAUCGCCCUGGUCAUGUUCGGCCAGGCUCCCGAGCACGUCAAGCAACAGUUUCGCACCCAAAUUCGCUCCAAGAUGACGCCCGCGCAAAAUGCCGAAUACGUUGCCAGCGGACGCGACCCCUGCAUGAUCAUAUUUCAGCAGCAUGCUUUCCAGUAUCUCGUCAAACAAGCCGCUGCCAACAGAGCCAAGGCUGCUGGCAACAUGAACCCUCAGCAGGCCGCCAUGAUGCAACAGCAGAACAGCCAACAGCGCGCUAAUAACAUGAUGCCCAAUGGUGCACCCGCCUCUCAUGACUUUUCUCAGUUCGGGCCCAGCAUGGAGAGCAUCAAGGACCAGCAGAUGAGCGGCCUCAUUGCUCAACAAGCCGGCCAGAUGGUCGUUCCUGCUAGCGGCGCCGCAAGAAAUCCGACGCCUCAGCCUGGUAAUCAAGGCAUGAUCAACCAGGGCCAGAACCAGACGCCGCGUCAAGGCCAGCAGCCAGGUCAGCAACAGCAGCAGCAGCAGCAGCAGCAGCAGCAGCAGCAGCAGCAGAUAAAGUUGAACCAGGCCUCGCAGCAAGCGCAAGCGCAAGCGGCCCAGAUGAAGCAGAUGCACAGCCAGCAGGGUGGCCCAAUGGAUCCAAAUCAAAGUCCCGCCAUGAACCCUACCGCUAAUCGUGGACCCAAUGGUGUGAAUCCUAUGGGAACUCCGGGCAUUCAGCACGGCAACAUGCCCUUUGGUAACCAGCUGCCGCUUGCUCAGAGGUUCCAUGCAAACCCACAACUGCAGGCUACUGUUCUCUCCAUGGCUGCUAGCAUGAACCCCGACCAGCAACAUCAUCUCAGCCAGCUCAACGAUGAAAAGGUCAUGGACCUGGUACGCAGAUGGCUUGCCCAAAAUCGUCAGCGCGCCACCGCCGCUCAAAUCAACGCAACUCAGCUGCAACAGCAAAAUCAAGUGAAUCAGAAUCCGGCCGGCGCAGUUCUCCAAGGAGCCAUGCAACCUCAACAGCAGCCCAACGCUACCGGUCCAAAUGGCGGCUCUUCACAGGGACAAGGGGUCAUGAAUCUUGUCACUCCGCAAAUGCAGCACGUCAUGGACAGCCUGGAUCUCCCUCCCCCGGUUCGUCAAACGAUUCCCAACCUGCCGACAGAGGCCAAGAAAUGGCGCGAUCUCAAGAUGUGGAUGAGCCAGGGUAAUCAGAUCCCGCAACACGCCAAAGGGACCCUUGCUGCCUUGCAGAAAAGCCAGUUUCAGUCGUGGUGGACUCAGCGCAACCAGUUGAUCCAGGCCCAGCAGCAAAGACAGCUGCAACAGCAGCAGCAGGGACAACAACAACAACAGCAGCAGCAGCAGCAGCUGGGUCAGCCACAAUCCCUCCAGCAGGGCCAGCAGCUCCCUCACAUGGUUCAGCAACCACCACAGGGCCAGCAGCCGCAUGGCCAGCAGCAACAGCAGCAGCAGGCUCGUAUGUUGGCUGGCGGCAUGAAUCCGGCCAGCAUGCCCCCCAACAUAGCAAGCAUACCUGUGCCUGCGCACGUUAUGCAAAUAACACCGCAGGAUAUUGUACAGGUCCGAAACCAGCGACCUGAUCUGGUCAGCGCAACUGACGAGCAGGUUCGUGUUAUUGCCAUGGGACUAAAGCGCAACAAUUGGCAGAUGCAAGUAGCGAAUCGUAUGCGGGCACAGGCUAGCCACAGUCUUGGACCUCUAAAUCCCAUGGGUGGACCAGCCGCUGCACAGAUGGGCCAGCAGCACAAUCAAACCCCCCAACAACACGAGGCAAACCGUCAGCAGCCUCAGCCGCCUCAGCCGCCUCAACAGCAAGGAGGUACAAUGCCUGGUGCUUCUGUCCCGGCUCAAGCCGCCGUGGCCGUCAAGCAGCAGUCAACGCCUCAACAGCCCGCCAAGAACCUCAAGCGACCUAGCGCUGACGAUGCCGCUGGUGCUGAUAACGUUGCUGAUGCUGGCAGCGCUGGCGGUGCCAGACCCAACAACUCUACUGGCCCCAAGAAAUUACCACCUCAAUUGUCGGCGCAGCAAAUCGCCAGCAUGACGCCAGAGCAAAGAGCCAAGUACGAGGCGUUCCUGAGACAGCAAGUGGCCAACAGAGAGGGGGGAGCUGCUGCCCUCAUGCAACCAACAGCUGAGUCGAUCAGUCGACUCAAGACCAUUGGCCAAGAAGCCGCACGCCAGCUUAUGCAGGAACCUAUGGCCGACAUUCCUAUGAGCCCUCAAGAGCUCGAGGAGACUGGUGCGAAACUGAAGCGCAUCGUCAUCGACAUGGGCAAGGUGGGACGUGGUCUGACCAGAUGGUUUGCCCUUACCGGAGAUGAACCACGCGCGAGCAUGUUUUUCAAGUUUCGGCAACGCCUCAUUAAGCAAUUUGUGGAUGGUGACAACAUGAAGAUUCUGCGCGACUCUUUCAGCAUGCGAUCUUCAGACUUGGAGCAGGCCAGAGCCAUGCUGGAAAGCAUGGUCCGAGAUAUUCAGGUCGCCAGCAAGGGUGGGUUCAUGAGGGCGCAGAAUAGUCAGGCGCAAGGCGGCCAAGCUGCUCAACAGGCAUCGCAGGGCAAUGCCGAGCAAACAUCGUCGACCGCGGCGGCAGUGGUGGCACCUCUGAAUGCCAGCAACCUGGAAAAGAACUCGCAGGCGCUCAAUCGGCAAAAGAGCAAGUCAGCGAACCAACCCCCUCCCGCACCGACGGUGGCUCAGGCACCCGGGUUCCCAACAAACGCCUCGUCGCCGCAUGGUAAUCCAAGCUAUAUGAGCAAGGCCAAGGAUAUGAACCUACAGAUACCGCCGCGCAAGAAGCAAAAGGUGGCGCAGCAGCCCGGGCAAGGCGUCAACACACCAUCGCCACGAGUCAGCAAGACGGCGUCGCCCGAGGUGAAGCGAGCACCGGAGCCUGUACCCAGGCCGGUGUUCCUGUGCAAGGAAGCGGACUGUGAUCUGCCGUCUGUUGGUUUCCCUACGGAACAGGCCCUGAAGCAGCAUGUGGAGGAGGAUCACGUCAAGCCGAGGCAAGACCCGGUCAAGUUUGUGCAGGAAAACUUGGCGCUAGCUCUCGGACUGGAGAUGGACGGGACGGUGAAGAAGGGCGCUGGAGAGGCGGCACAACCCAUGACGCAGUCGGGUUCGAAGCAGGGACAAGAUGUGGCGAUGAAGAGAUCUGGCAGUGCGCUGAGCCGAGUACAGCCUGUCGGCGGCAGAGGCGAAAACGGAACGCCGAAGACGACGGCAGCGGAAGCGACGACACCGGGACCGGUAGAUCCUUGGGCGACGGCGACGAUUGACCCACAGGCGCUGCUGAGCAAUCUGGGGUUUGAAAACGGACUGCCAACGGUGAUGAAUGAGUUCCUGCUGUACCGGUCGCUUACGCCCAACGACACACCCGAGUCGAGCAAGGACAGCGGAGCGAGCGAGCCCAACAGCGACAUUUCCGAAGGUGCGGCGCUGGAGAUUGACAUGAACUGGCAAAACAUUGACACGGAUGUACUUCUCAACAUGAACAAUACCAGCCUGGACGCGUCGGGAAGUACGCUGGAUCCAUCGCUUCUCCUUGACCCUCUGGCGGGGCCACCUCCAGACUGGGACGAUAUGACUGUCGACUUCAACAAGCCGUUUCAGUUUGACACGAGCCAUUAUUCGUUUGAUACGUCGUCAUGA